UGUCUCGCUCAGUGGGAGGAUCAGCUCUGUGUGACGUGCUUCAUGGGAAAAACUGCAGUAACACCACAGACAGACUUUACACACUGUGCACAGGGCCAGAUCAGCUGGACUCUUCAACACCACGGACUAAAGUGCAUCUCAAUCUGUUGACUGUGCUGUAUGAGUCAGAGAGGAGCGGAGCGUCAUGUCGGAGCCGUUCGACUGUGACAGCUGUAAGGAGUCUCUGUAUGACAGGAAAUACAUCCAGGUGGACAAAGUUCCCCACUGUGUCCCCUGUUACGACCGUCUGUACGCAAACACCUGCCAGGAGUGCAAAGAGCUCAUCGAACACAACUCACGGGAGCUGUAUUAUAAGGACAGGCAUUAUCACGAAUACUGUUUCCGCUGCUCACGCUGCAACCGUUCGCUGGCGGAUGAGCCGUUCACCUGUCAGGAAGACGCCCUGGUGUGUAACGACUGUUACUGCAAUGAGUUUUCAACUAAAUGUGUGGCCUGUGGGAAGACAGUGAUGCCAGGCUCCAAGAGGUUGGAAUACGGAGGCUGCACGUGGCACGAGGAAUGCUUCGUUUGUUGUGGUUGUGAGCAGCCCAUCGGCGCCCAGUCUUUCAUCCCAGAUAAGGGCGAGUACUUCUGCGUGCCCUGUUACGAGAGACGAUUCGCCCCACGCUGCGCCCACUGCAAACAGAUCUUGGUUCAGGGUGGUGUUACAUAUAGAGACGAGCCCUGGCAUAAAGAGUGUUUCCUGUGUACGGGUUGUAAAGUGCAGCUCGCCGGACAGUCUUUCACAACACAGGGUGAAGAUCCAUAUUGUGUGAAGUGCUUCAGCAACCUGUAUGGCCAAAAAUGCUCUGCCUGCGACAAACCCAUCACAGGUUUUGGAGAAGGGAAGUACAUCUCAUUUGAGGAGCGUCAGUGGCAUCAGCCAUGUUUUAAGUGCUCUGAAUGUUCUGUGUCUCUGGUUGGAGCAGGAUUCUUCCCCAAUGGAACAAAGAUUAUCUGCAAAAGCUGCAAUGCCAAAUAAGCCACACAACUGCUUAGACCUUUGUGUAAUAUAAAUACAUUUAUGAAACAUCUGACAUCAUUUAAACAUGAAAUGUAUGAUGUACAUUAAUGUUUUGGUGUUGCAUUCUCCCAAAUCUGGAUUUAAAAAAUCUCUUAUAUUGAAGGAUAUGUUUGAUCUGGCUGAAGAAUUUUAAACUUUAAAUUAGAAACUCAAAUCAUUUGAACCAAGCAUGUGUACAGGCCAAAGGCUUAGUUUCCUGGGAUGUUGUUUUUGUCAUUAGCCUUUUGAAUUUACAUCUGAGUAGUUUUCCAUGUGUUUGCAUAAACUUCAGGCCUUUAAAUUUCCUCCAACAGCAACAUUCCUCAAAAAGAUUUGCAUUUGAACAAAAUACACACACUGACCCAAAUGAUUGUUAAUAUGGGAAGGCCUGUGUUCAACAAGACGCAACGCUCAUUGAAUCAUUUAAUGAUGCAUAUUGACAAAAAAUGUUGUUUGUUAAACAGUGAAUUUUACAGUGCACUUUUUUAAUGCACCAAUGCAUGCUUUAAAUAACUCUCACAUUAAAUAUUUGCAUAUUAAUCACUA